GCGAAUGUUUUGCCGCCAAAUCUCACUUUCACUUAUCACAAUAUCAAUGAAAGAAUCGAAAAUAUAUGAAGGUUAUUUUAUUUUGUGCGGAGGUUUUUAAUUUUUUUUUAUCUGUUAGGUCUAAUUAUUAAUGGUAUAUCAAGUAUCAAGAUAAUAGGUAUUAUCAAAAUGACAUCAAUUGAAGUAAGAAAUUGGACAACAGAGUAUUAUAUCACAAAUCAGUUAUCCUGUCAGCAAAUUUUAGAAAAUCCGGAUGUAUUGAGAGAAAUACCUGUAUUAAACAAUGUUCAACUACAGAAUAUCACAGAUAAACAGUUAGUUAGAUUUCGAGGGAUGGUCCAGGAUAUGUAUGAUCCUGAAUAUUUCUUUAAACAAUAUGAGGUGAAGAAUGCAAAAACAGGGGAGAGUGAUAUUAGAUGUGGAAUGUACACAGAUGCAGCUCGAUGUCUGUCACAUGAAGAAAUAUCUUUUGAUUCUAACAAAAAUGAACAUUCGGAAAGACAAACUUAUAUUGUAAUGUCUAUACCUGGCUUAAAUAAGUGGGCAAAAGAACAGAGCAAAUGUACAGAAACAAAUAUACAGAAAUUUAAUUCAAUGACAUGCAAUGACAAUAUGAAUAAAAGAAAUCUGGAUGAUACUGAUUUAGAGGAAAUGGAUUGCUCAGAACCUGUUACAAAGAAAGAAAAGAUUUUGCCAGAUAAUAAUGAUGUAAACAUGAGCAAUAGUUCUAAGGAUCAGAAUUUAUUAUCAGAAGAGCACAUAUUAAACUUUCCUAUCCCAAUGGAUGAAGGAAAAACUUGCAUAGUGAAGAUUUAUGAUGGGACAACUUUAAAACUGAAUCAGGUUAUUGAUAUAAUAGGUUUUAUAUCAUUGGAUCCAAUGUUAAAUAUAAAUAAUUGUUCAGAAGAUGAAAUGAACGAAGCCGAAGUCUAUACUCAUAAUCCUCCGGUUUCUUUGGUACCUCGAUUACAUGCAAUAAAACUGAUUGAGCUCACAAAAUCUGAAAUUGUAAAUGCUCCAGAAAUUAUAUCAAAAGCGCAACUCAUUAGGGGUGAUUUACAUAUAAUAUUGAGUCAAUUAUUAUUUGGAGAUCAUUUAGCUGCAGAUUAUUUAAUAUGUCACUUACUCUCUACAAUAUAUAUGAGAAGAGAUUAUUUUUGUCUUGGUGCAUUUCCACUGAAUAUAACGAAUUUUCCAGCCAGUAGACUCAAGACAUUUCCAAAAGAAGUUUAUAACUUUUUAACAUUACUUGUAAAGAAAAGUCAUUUUUUAGAGGUGACUUUGGAAAAUUUGAAUGAAUUAGCUUUAAUUCCAAAAAAGGAUUAUGAAUGCAACAGAUUGACAAGUGGUAUUCUUCAAUUAAGCAAUAAUACACAUCUUGUGUUAGAUGAGACAGGUUUAACCACUGGUGAACUAAGUAUCACUGGCAAGAAGAAUUAUAAAACUCUUUCUGAUUUGCUUAUGUUUCAAAAAUUGACAUAUGACUUCAAAUAUUAUACAAUGGAAUAUGAAACAGACAUCCCAAUUUUGAUUUUUUCUGAUGUAAAAUCGUUUGUUCCUUGUCCUGUGCAAGUUAUUCUAAAUGUUGAUGCAGAAUCAGAAAAUGUAUAUAGUCAGGUAAUUGAAGCUGCACAUCAAUAUUUAAACGAUGAAACUCGAUUGACAAAUAUUCGUCAAUAUUUGGAAGUCUUUAGACAUACAGAUUUUGUUUUUAAUGAAGAAAUCACAAAAAUCAUCCAAGAUGAUUUUGUCGAGAUGCGAAUCGUGAAUAAGAAUAUAGGUGCAGAUAAUCUGCACUCGUUAAUGGUUUUUGCUAGAUGGAUGUCCUUAUCUUAUGGACAAACGUCACUAGAUAUAGAAUGCUGGAAAAGAACUGUACAAUUGGAAAUGGAGAGAAUGAGCAGGUUGCCACAGUGCAGAAGAUAAUAAACUCUAUAAGAAGAAGUUGUAUUGAAUAUAAUUCCAACUGUAUUAUACAAUGCAAGUAUACAAAUGUAUUUAUUUUUCAUAUAUGUAUUUUUGAAAUUAUUUUUUUUUAGUACCCAUUAGAAGGCUACAUAUUAUUUUACAUUUUUCUACUGAUCACUCUAUAAAACAGGAAAGAACUUUAGGACUUAAUUGUUAUACUAUUUACACAUGCAAAUCAUUGUUAUAGUAUAUAAAAUUUCACUAAUUUCUCUUUAAUGUGAUUUGAAGUAUUGUUUAUAUAUUGGCUAUAAUCCAUUUCGCGAAUUCUGAAGUUUAGAAUGAUUCAGGUUACUCUUAUCUGAAAUGGAACUAGCAUAUCAAUCUUUAUUGGUUUCUUUGAAGAUAUUUCCAAUAGAAAUAUUUCCAAAAAUUUUACUUUUUUUUCUAUAAAUAUAUUACUAUAAAUGUAUUACUAUGAUAAAAUACAUAUACAUAUACAUAUAUAUAUAUAUAUAUAUAUAUAUAUAUAUAUAUAUAUAUAUAUAUAUGCAAAAGAUGCAAAAGGCUAAUAAAUAUUGGAAGUUCAAAGCAUUUGAAAUAGCUUUGUAAAUUUCGUACAUUGAUAAAUUUAUUUCUGUGAUUACAUAAGUUAAAUAUUAAGAUAUGGCACAAAUAAUCUAUGUAGAUGCCAUAUAAGUAAAAACAAUAAGUUAAGAGUUAAGGAAUAGUUUUUCUCGAUUGUCAUAUUUCUCUUUGAAGAAUAACCAAAAGGAGGACUUCUCUUGUACGGUUUAAAGAUCUAUCUUAUAUAUUCAAUAAAGAUUUAAUAUCAUAAUAAA